AUGUAAUCGGGGUUUAGAUGUGCCACGCGGAUGGGUUAGGGCUUUCUUCUCGGGUGUUUAGGGCUCGUCGUCUCGUGGAAGCGGCGAUGGAGAAUUCGGAUAUGUUUAAUGCAGCUACCAAGCAGCAGACGUUCCAUGAUUUCCUCGAGCGGAUGAAGCAUCCAUCAGCUGCCGAUCUCGUGCGCUCCAUCAAGAGCUUCAUUGUGAAUUUCAUGAGUAGCCCGAUUGAUCCGGCAAUGGACAGCGCCAGCGCGCAGGAUUUCCUGAGCACGACGGAGGUUGCGUUUAGAGCGCAUCCCUUGUGGGCCGGAGCCACGGAAGAAGAGCUCGAAAACGCCGCGGAGGGACUUGAGAAGUACGUGAUGACAAAGAUCUUUACGCGAGCCUACUCGCCACUCCCGUCGGAUUCUCUCAAGGACCAAGAGCUCUCGGACAAGAUCAGCUUGCUACAACACUUUAUCAAGCCGGAGCACCUCGAUCUUCCUCAAAGUUUUCAAAACGAAGCAUCAUGGCUGAUCGCCGAGAAGGAGCUCCAAAAGAUUAACAGCUACAAAGCUCCGAGGGACAAGCUGGUGUGCAUCCUAAACUGCUGUCGAGUGAUCAACAAUCUCUUGCUCAUGGCCAAGAGCGGCACGCCUCCCGGAGCUGAAGAGUUCCUUCCAGCUCUCAUUUACGUCGUUAUCAAGGCUAAUCCACCGCAGCUCCACUCAAAUCUCCAAUUUAUCGAGAGAUACAGGCACAGCUCCCGGCUGGUUGCAGAGGCAUCCUACUUCUACACGAGCCUGGUAUCGGUGGAAUCAUUCAUCGAGAAGCUGGACGCAAAGUCACUGUCAAUGGACGAAGCUGAGUUUGAGGAAAGGAUGCAAAAUGCUCGGUCAGUCGUGUUCCCGCCGGGCCUUCCUUCGACACCACCCGAGAAGUUACUGCUGCCGAAAGAGAAGGAGGGUUCCAUUACGAAGCCGGACGAACCAACAAAGAGAACAGCAAAGGAGAGCUCGGAGCUCUCUGUGGCAAAGUUGGAAGCCGGGGGAGCGUCCGGGGUCGUGGAAGCGGACAGAAGCGGUCAGCUUGCAAAGGAGUACCCCUUUCUCUAUGCGAGUGCCGGAGACUUGAGAGUCGAAGACGUCGAGUCUCUGCUCACGCAGUACAAGGAGCUGGUCCUGCGAUAUGUUGCGCUCCGUAAAGGCCUGGAAAGCAUUGGAAGAAAGCCGGCGAUUGUCGAAGAGCCUACAUCUCCAGCCCCUGCUCUAGCAGCUCCAGUUCCAGCUCCAGCUCCAGCUCCAGCUCCAGCUCCAUCCGGGACGAUCGCUGCUCAAGACGGUGGAUCGACGUGCUCCAACUCGACAAUCGACGAUGCCUUGCACGACUCCAUCCCGGAGCUCUCGUGGGAUCGGCCGCACGACGAGGAGCAGUGGGAGAAAGUUAACGAGCAGCAGAGCCAUCACGGUGGUGGUGGAAGUGAGGCCAACGAUUUGGACCCGGUGGUGAUCACGUAAGUAAAGGUUGGCUAUGAACAGGCGGGAAGGAAGGUAUUUGAAUUUCGAAUUUGGAGAGAGUGUGCGGCUCAUUGUUGAGAAUUUCAGGUGGCUGUCACUGAAAGACGUGAAACUUGAGUGAAUCCGAUCGAUAGCCGAGGAGAAGCUUUCUCUCGAUAUCAAGUAAAGCAAUGCUAGAAUUUCGCUGGAAGAAAUCGUGGCUUAAGAGAAGUUCUUCCGUAGCGCGGAAGAGUUUCUUUGCAUGGAGAAAUUCGCCAAAACUUGGCAAAGGAAUGGGACGAUCUUAUUGGAAGGAAUUGGUUUUGGGAAUAUGCUGGUUAAUAAAUCUGUAUGAACAAAGAAAUCGCUUUGUACAAAGAAAGGAAAGAAGCUCCCUUGAGCGUUGCAGUGUCAA